ACUUGUUCUUUCUGUUCGCAGCAUCCGUACCCCUCGGAAGACCAGAAAAAACAGUUGGCACAGGACACGGGGUUGACGAUUCUUCAAGUUAAUAAUUGGUUUAUCAACGCAAGGCGUAGAAUUGUCCAGCCAAUGAUCGAUCAGAGUAAUCGAGCUGGACCGAGCGGGGCAUACAGUCCGGAAGCGACGAUGGGCUACAUGAUGGACGGACAGGCGGCCAGCAUGAUACACCGGCCGCCCACCGAUCCUACGUUCCACAAUCAGUACCAUUACCCGUCAGAGUACUAUGGACAUCACUUAUAAAGGAGCACUUUCGGAAGAAUGGAAUGCACGAUGGAACGACGGUUCUAACGACACACGAGAAGCGCGUGACAGACGCACCGUGCUCCAGCUGGCGUAGGCCAGGAUCGGAGGACAACGAUGAUCCGUGGCCUUCAGGACGAUCGCUACGGUAGGUCCCGACGAUUUCUUGCCACGCCGCACGUCGAAAUCCGUGACGAUCGGGGGGUGCUCGAAAACGCGAGAAGGACACGAGAGAGGAAGGAGAGAGGCAGGACGAAGGAUUGAGAUUCCCGACUCCAGGAGAGGUAGGACGAGAGGCGGGUGGAAACGCCGUGGGAAGCCGACGGGGAGAGGAGGAAGAAGAUAUUGGUAGAACCGUCGAAGGUGGCAGGAGGACGGUUACGCGACGGGGUAGGAGUCGAAGAGCCGCGGAAGAGCGGCGGCGACGCGCGAUGGAAGGACACGAGGAGGAUGAAGUCGCGGCCUGGCCCGGAAAGUGACGCGGCCGCGAAGAAAUUCAUGUGAUUGUUCUUUGUACAAAUAUCGCGGUGUAAUAUUGUAGUGAUGGAAGAAUUUAAAUGUUAAAUUUUAAUACGGUCGCGAUCGAGAUAUAUUAAUGAGAUAUAAGUGAUAUAGGCAAUUUAGCGGGCAUGUACAUUAAAAAAAGAAACGAAAGAAACGGCAAAGAGGCAAACCCGGUGCUCGCACGGAAGAUCGAGAGUAUGUUCACGUGCACAGACGACACGAGAGAGGUAUAAAACGAGAAUACGAAAGACAUACAAAAAA